AGAAGCAGCCGCACAACAAAACAAAGAUGUCCGGCUACGGCGGCUACGAGUACGACAACGCGAACGCCGACAGCGGCGGCGGCGGCUUCCUGAGCCAGUCGAACCGCGAGUCCGAGGGCGGCGAGAAGGAGAAGAAGCCCCGCGACAAGCAGACGCUGACGCCCGUGACGAUCAAGCAGUUACAAAGUGCCGAGAAGGGCGUCGGCGACGACGAUGGUUACAAAAUUGACAACGCCGAGAUUCACUCCGUGCGCGUCGUCGCGUGCGUGCAGACGGACGAGGUCCGCGAGACGAAGGCCACGUACAACAUCGAAGACGGGACUGGGUCUGUGGAAGUCACGUUCUGGCUGAACGACGCCCAGGACGAGGACUCGUGGGCGCGCCAGAAGCUCGCGAAGAUGACGCCCGGCGCGUACGUCGUGGUCCACGGCAACAUCAAGGAGUACGACGGGCGGCUGACGAUCUCGGCCUACGACAUGCGGCCCGUCGAGGACUUUAAUCAAGUGACGCACCACUAUUUGGAGGCGAUCUACGUGCACGCCAAAAGAGUGGGCAAGAUCCAGGUGUCGUCCGGCGCCGCCCCGGCCGCGAAGCGCGACUCGAUGGCCGGCUUCCACCCGACGACGCACGGCCAGUCCGCGGCCGGCGGCGCCGACGGCGCCGACGGCAUGACGUCCUUACAGAAGCGGGUCCUGGACUACUACACGGAGAACGGCACGGGCGACGAGGGCUGCAACACGGACAGCGUCGCGGCUUCUUUGGGAUUGGACCUCGGCCAGGUCAAGGCCGCCGUCGAGUUCCUCUCGAGCGAGGGCCACCUCUACUCGACGAUCGACGAGGACCACCACAAGUCCACGAGCGAGUGAGUGAGUUUCCCUUCUUUCUUCGUCCCUGUGCCCGCGAGUAAAGAUGCCGAGCUAAUACUCGGGGCGACGGCGUAUGGGGGCUGCUAGGCGGCCUAGCUCUAAGCAAAGCAAAGAUA